CGUCUCGAGCUCUCGGUCACCUCUGAAGUCUGACAGCAGCUCUAAUAUUUCCGCUCAUAGAUAGACAAAUAAUGCAGCAGCGCUGAGAGUCAGUCCACAUGUGAACUGUUCGCGACUCGCAGUCGGGAAGGACGCCGCUGAGAUGCGCGACGCGCUGCUGACGCCCGUCAGACGCUUCCCGUGGGCGACCAACGUGACGCUGUACGGCUGCCUGUUCGCGGGCGGAGAUUUAGUUCACCAGCGCUUCUCGCGUAAAGAACGAGUGGACUGGACUCACACGAGAAAUGUGGCCGUAGUGGCAUUCGGUUUUCACGGAAACUUUAAUUUCUUUUGGAUGCGCUUUCUGGAGCGAUGCUUCCCCGGUAACGCGCUUCGGCCGGUGCUGCGUAAGCUGCUGCUGGACCAGACGCUCGCCGCGCCGCUCGCCAUCAGCGCCUUCUACACAGGUGUGAGCUUCCUGGAGGGUAGAGACGAGAUUCUGCAGGACUGGAGAGAGAAGUUCCUCAACACGUACAAGACGGGACUGACGUACUGGCCGGUCAUGCAGGUAAAGCAGACACACACUUCCACACACACCUGUGCAGCAGACAGUCAUGAGCGGAUGAUCUCACACCUGAAUGCUCUUCAUGACACACAGUUCCUGAACUUGGCUCUGGUUCCUCCGCUGAUCCGCACUGCCUUCACCGGCUGCUGUGGUUUCGUCUGGGCCACGUUCCUCUGUUUCUCCCAGCAGAACGGAGACGGCACCAUCACCGCGGCUCUGGACUGGGCUCGAGGCGUCCAGCACAGCCGACAGGAACAGACCUCGGGAACAGACAGAGCUGAAUGAUGCUCCGGGGCCUGCUUUUUAUUUGAAACACUUUCACGUCUGUUAAAAAAACACACAGAGAUUAUUGUUUGACCAGUCUGUACUUGCUGCAGAUCCAAUUAUAAUUUUUAAGGUUUCCCUUUUAAAUAUAUCAAUUAUAUUUGAUUCUCUGUGCUGGUCUUGUUAUUAUGUUUUUUUUUUUCAUGUUUGUUUCUGUGUCUUUCACACAGUUCCUGACACAUCGUGUUUAUUUGAGCAUGUAUUGUUUCUGACGGGGUUUAUUAGUUCUUCUGCACGUUUCUCUCUUGUGAAUACAGCCUUCACAAUUAUAAAUGAAUGAUCACCCGAGUUUGUUUGGUCACGUGCCAUGUUUCUGUUAGCUGUUCGACUUUGUAUUUGAUGCUGUGUUUUGCCUGCAGUGCAAGGUGCCUUUUUAAUAUGAUUUUUCAUUUUAUGGAAACAUAUUUUUGUUUUGUUUAAUGUUUGUAUUUGUUUAAUAUAUGUAAUUACAUUUUAUAUAUUUGUGUAUGACAUAUGCUGAUCUACAGCAGGAUCAGUGCAAUGAAAUUAUUUAAAGUAUUCAGUGUGUUGGUUCUUUUUGCUUCGCAAAUUGUAAAUAUCUUGAAAACCUUCAUAAUCAUUUUCUUUUAAUUAUUAUUCAAAUGAAUGAACCAGCUACUAAUAUGGUACUGUGUAUUCUGUGUUUACUGUAAAUGUAAACUAUAUGUUAACAGAAUAAAACCAUGUUAAGGAUAACUUUUAAA